GUAACGGUUUAUAGUAUAAAUCUAGAAUGAAGCGGUCCACAAUUGCUGUUCGAGGCCGUUAAUCACCGGCGCCACCUCUUGUUGAGAUGCAUUUAUAAAAGAGCAUGGGCUGCUUCUGAGAUGAAACUAAAGAUGGAUGUGUUUUAUUACAUGGAUUAACCUACAGGUCCUGAUGUACCAUUUUAGCAGGAUUAUUAGUGAAGACAUGGGUUGUAUGGCCAACUUGGUGCGCCUACAUGGCUUAACAUCUGUCAGAGCAGUUUCGUCCAUGAGAACCAAUCCAACAUCAACUUCAAAAUCAAUUCAUUCCAUUUCGAAAGAAAGUCAUAAAAGCAUCAGAGUACCAGUUUUAUCAUCAGGACAACUGUCUCUGAUCCCACCAUGCUCAGUUAGUUUUCACAGUACACCGGGCAAUUAUGGAAAGAAGAGGAAUAGUCGAAGGGGCAAGGGAGGAAAACAAUCUGUCAAUAUAGAAGACCAAUUUGCUUGUGUUCAUUGUGGUUCCCAGUCAGUAGAAUGUAGACAACUGAAUGAUGAAAAAUUUUUGGUAGUGUGUAAUGAGUGCCAUAGAAAAUAUGAAGUUUGUGAAGACCCAGUCGCCGAAGAAAACAGCUACACUGACAUAACACCUAAAGAGAUCAAAGCUUUUUUAGACAAGUACAUAAUUGGUCAGGACAUAGCCAAGGUGGUAUUCUCAACAGCAGUGUACAAUCAUUACAAACGUGUCCGCCACAAUGCAACUCUCAACCCUCCAGAGACCCAAAAUCAGACGCACGAAGUGUACGAGUCAGGCAGGACAUACUACCCAAAGGAUGCAAGAAAUAUAGGAGAAGAAUGGAAGGCAUCCAAAGGUGGAAUACAUGUACAUAAAGAUUUAUCGGUUACAUUGGAUGGGAUACUUCGGCAGCAGUUUAACAUGUUGACAUCCCAGGGUUAUGCCAGAGCUCGAUCCGUCUCCAAACCAAAAGUUAAGCCCCCUGUGGACCCCAGAAGCACAAAGGAGAACGCUGUGGUCAUUGAUAAAACCAACAUCUUGUUGAUUGGCCCUACAGGAUCAGGUAAAACUAUGCUUGCAAAGACCAUAGUUAAGCAGCUGAAUGUUCCACACGUUAUCUGUGACUGCACCCAGUUCACGGCUGCAGGCUAUGUCGGCUCUGACGUGGACUCCAUUAUCACAAAACUGCUGCAGGAUGCUGAGGGUGAUGUGAGCAGAUGCGAGCAGGGUAUCGUGUUUUUAGACGAGGUUGAUAAGAUAGCGCGUGUGAAGCACAACCACAACAAGGACGUGGGCGGGGAGGAGGUGCAGCAGGGACUUCUUAAGAUCAUGGAGGGCACAAAACUACAGGUGUCGGACAAGAAAGGCAAGCCAUCUGCAGAGAGUGUGGCUGUUGACACAACCAACAUCCUCUUUGUGGCCUCAGGGGCAUUUACUGGCUUGGAGAAGAUUGUGCAGAAACGGCUCAGUAAAAAUUCCCUGGGUUUUGGCCAAUCCCCGAGUGACCUUGAGAAGGACAACUUUCCUCAGUCAACAAACCUGGACCUCACAGACAAGGAACUAGGACAUGAGCAGGUGGAUGAAUGCUUCAGACUUGUGGAAGACCAGGAUCUCAUCAUGUAUGGCAUGAUCCCAGAGUUUGUGGGACGGUUGCCAUGUGUGGUUCCAUUCCAUCACCUCACUGAACACAUGCUCAUUCAGGUGCUCACCGAACCCAAGAAUGCUUUGCUGAAGCAGUUCCAGAAACUCUUCCAUUUAGACAAUGUAGAGCUGGAGUUGACAGCAGGGGCGUGUCAGACACUGGCAAGGAACACAAUCAGGAAGCGGACUGGGGCCAGGGGGCUGAGAGCUGAAUUGGAUAAAUGUCUGUUUCCUUUGAUGUUCGAAAUUCCCAAAAGUGACAUUAAAAAAGUGAUAAUAGACGAGGACUUUAUACUUGGAAAGUCGGCACCAGUGUAUAUUCGUGAUGAUCCAUUUUGUGAUAUCGAACAGGACAGUGCAGUAGACUCUACUGACAUGGAACUUAGAAAAUCUGACUUGCAUCUAACUGAGAAGCAGCCUGAGGUUACUAGUCUGCAAGAUUUGAGCAGAACUAAAGGCAGUGAAGAAAAGACAUUGUAGUUUCAGUCUUAACAAAAAAGUUGUAAACUACUCAGGAUAUAUUUGUAGCAACAACAUUCGCAAUUUUUUUUAAAAAUUAGUUAAAACAUUUAUGAAGAUUGUUUUCUUUUAAAUAAAUAGAUUGAAAUGUCCAUGUUUGAAACACAUGUGUUUUAUUUUUCUCAUCAUGCACAUGUGCAGAAUAAACUGAAUUUUUUUAAUUACAGGAUGGACAUUGGUGACGGAUGUAUAUUUUAUUUCAUGUGGUCAGUUAUUUCUAUAAUCUAUGUUUUAUUUAUAGAGCAAAGUUUACAGAUUGCCUUUUGACAAUACCGACACAUUGUUAUCUAUAAUUUAGCAGGUAAGACAAAAAUCAAACAUAUAUGAAAACAAAGGUUUGCACAUUCUCCUAAAUCUGCCUCACUUGUCUAGGUUGAAUUAUGCUGUACUUGUGUUUUGUGAUUUAAGGGCAUGGUUCAUCUAGCACGUAAAACAUGAGGUUUUUAUGAUCA